CAGUACCCAGAUCCUUCUUCUAUGAAGCCAUGAUGUUGUAAUUGAUGCAGUGUGUGGUCUGGCAUUGUCAUGUUGGGAAAUGCAAGGUCUCCCCUGAAAGAGACAAUGUCUGAAUGGGAUCAUAUGUUGUUCUUGAACUUGGAUAUACCUUUCAGCAUUGAUGGUGCCUUUCAAGAUGUGGAUAUGAUGGACCUGAAAGAAUACUUGAACAGGAUUGGGUUUACUGGCCAAUAUGACAAAGCCGACCUGGACAAUUUGUUCACCAUCCACAAGCUGCAUGUUAUGAAUAUUCCAUUUGAGAACCUCAGCAUCCAUUCUGGCGAGAAGAACACUAUGGAUCUGCAAAUCAUCUAUGAUAAAAUAGUCAAGAGCAAUCGAGGAGGCUGGUGUUGUGAAAACAACCUCUUGUUCUCAUGGGUCCUGAAGGAGAUGGGAUACAAAUCCACCAUGCUAGGCUCCAAAGUGUUCAACUCACUUGAACAGGUGUUCCUCUCCAUGGACUGUCAUCUCGUCAAUCUGGUGGAGAUCGAUGGGAAGCAGUACAUUGCAGAUGUAAGCUUUGGAGUGUCGUCCCAAAUCUGGCAUCCCUUAGAGUUGAUCUCAGGUAAAGACCAGCCGCAGCCUUCAGGUGUAUUCCGCCUCAUAAAUAAUGGGCUGCAGUGGGUUUUGGAGAAGACCAUUAGGAAGCAAUUGGUCCAAGAUAAGACCUUGGCUAAUUCCAGCCUCAUUGAUAAACGGCUCACCAAAACAUUAUACUCCUUCACAUUAACACCCCGUGAUGCAGAUCAUUUCCGAGAGAUGUCAGAUUACCUGCAGACUAGUCCAGACUCUCUGUUCAUGCUCAAAUCCAUUUGCUCCCUUCAGACACCCACAGGCUUCAGAGCUCUGAUUGGUUGGACAUACAGCGAGGUCACAUUUAAAGAGGACUCAGACUUGGUGGACAUGAAAGAAAUCCCAGGCUGUGAGAUAGAGGCUUUACUAAGGGACAAGUUUAACCUGGUGUUAGUUAAUAAAUUCACACCCAAAAACAACAAAGCUGAUUAUUGCAUCUAGUACUCAGCUCAUCUAAUAUUUUUUGUAAUCAGUGUGAUUUGCUUGAAUAUUGAGAUAAAAAUUGUACUCUCUGAA